GGAAGGAAAAUCACAACAUUUCCUAAGGACCAGCCAUCACCCCCUCUUUCUCUCUCUAUCCAUAUCCAUGGCUUUCUCGGCUGCCAAACACUUAUCAUUCCUCUUCUUUCUUGCCCUCUUAUCUCCUCACCUCAUUCAUGCCAGAGACAGCCAAUUCUUCAGCAAAGUCACCAACAACAACAACAACAAUGCCAAAGAGACAGUAGUAGAAGUCCCCAACAAACAACAAGAACAACAGCCAAGCUUCAUCCCAGACAAUCAAACUGGCUAUGGCCUCUAUGGCCAUGAGUCUGGCCAACUCCCCCCCUCCACCACCACUGCUUCACCCUCCACCACCACCCCCACCACUGUUUCACCCUCCACCACCACCACCACCACCAACAACAACAGCCCAUACAAAACCCAAUCUGAAGAACCCUACACCUACUACACCAACAGCAACAAUAAGGAUUCAUAUGUGACUAAGUCUGACCCACAAGGCAUGAGUGACACUAGGUACAUGAACACAGUCUACACCACCACCCCUAGCACCACCACCACCACCAACACCAAGAACAACAACAACUACUACAACAACAAGGAUGGUUAUGUGACUGAGUCUGACCCACAAGGCAUGAGUGACACCAGAUACACGAACACAGCAUACACCACCACCCCCUCCACCACCACCACCAACAGCAACAACUACUACAAGAAGGAUGCGUAUGUGACUGAAUCUGACCCACAAGGCAUGAGUGACACAAGGUUCACUGACAGAGGCUACACCACCCCAAUCAGCAACUAUAACAACUAUUACAAUGGUGAAAACAACUACAAUUCUCAGCAACAAGGCUACACCACCCCCACCACCUCCACCAACACCAACACCAACUACUACAAUGGAGCCAACAACUACAAUGCUCAGCAACAAGGUUUGAGUGACACAAGCCUCAUGGACAGCCACUACACAACCACCACCACCCCCACUACCACCACCAACACCAACACCAACUACAAUACCCAGAGGCAAGGCAUGAGUGACACAAGGUUUGUGGAAAAUGGGAAGUACUAUUUUGAUGUCCGGAGUGAAAAUAAUUACCAAAAUGGAUACAACAAGGGGUAUUAUGGGAGCAAUGUGAACUCAUAUAAUCAGUACAACAACAACAACAACAACAACAACAUGGAGGGGUACCAGAACCAAGAGGAGUUCCAACAGAGUCAAGAAGAGUAUGUGCCUUGAGAUUUCAUCUACAAGAUAUCAAGUGAUGUUCAAUGCAUGUUUGAUUAUAUUGUAUGGUUUACUAGGAAAAGAAAAAAAAAAUUGGGAAGUAUAGAUUAAUUUAUGGGUUUGCUUGUGUUUUUUUUCAUAGUUUUCAUGCUUUGGAAAUCAGAAGUAUGAGAGUUUGAUUUUGUACUUCGUAAUAUGAACAAUUUAAUAAGUUGUAUAUUUACUCUCUUGGGAAAAUAUUUUCUGAGAAUUUUUUUUUUUCAGAAAAUAUUUUGUCGAUUUUUUU